GAAUGGUGGAAAAGGAAAUUUAGACAUUCUGCCAGAAGAAUCCAGCCAAAAGUAAAUAUUGAAAAAUAUUAUGGAGGAGCAGAAAAAAUUACAUUGCUUGGCAUGUUUAAAAGCAGCCAUGCUGGUUUAAUUGAUAAAACCACUUGUAAGGAGCAGUCCUACACUGCUGGAAGGUGACAAGAUGACCUAGUAAUUUCUUUCCAUUUGCACAUUCUUUGGCACUAAUCUGUGCUACUUUACACCAAUUUUAGACAUCAGCAAAAUCUGUUGCUCAUUCUGAGACCACAAGUGAGAGCAGGACUGAACAACCUGACCCUCUGAUAAUCCAUUUGCUAAUACGGAGUUAUGUGUGUGAUUGCUCAAUUGCUUGUUUUCUGGACAGGAGGUCUUUCUUUUUAAAAGCUACAAUAGUCACUAGAGUCGGUACCUUGUAUCAUUACAUAAAACCCAGGUAUUUGCCCCCCCAAAAUAAAAGGUUAAUGCUGUUGGUGAAUAUCUAGGAAACUCAGCCGCACAUGUGUUUCCAUACCCUGUAUGAACCAGGUCUGUAUGGGACUUCAAGAAUCAGGUAAAAAUGUGGCAAAGGGAAAGUAAUAACUUUGACUGUUCUUGUAUUCCACUGUCUUUAGGUGACUUCUAAUCCCCAAGGAUACUGUGCAGGGGACAGGUGUAAUCUGCCCUAAUACAGCUCAGUCUGCUACAAAUGGUUGUUUGAAGGGACAGUGUAGGAGUGUAUGAAUCAGACAAUGUCAGAUGAAUGGCCAGCGGGAGCCAGAGCUAGCGGACCAUUCUUCAGCUCUUAUUUUUAGCAGUAGACUGUUCUUUCAACAGCAGCUGAUGGCUGGUGGCAAAUAAAUGUUUGUGUCAUGCAAAUUCUUCCUGAUUGUUUUUCUUUUUCUGAAAUAGAGAUAAUUUCAUGUUCUUCCUACGUAUGCUAUGAAAACACCAGUAUUUACAUUAAAUUGCCUUAAAUGAAUGUAAUAAUAUUGUAUAUAUAGCAUAAAUGAAAGAUGAGUUCUCAUUAAAGUAUUAGAGCCUGCCCAAAGCUUUGUGGCAUCCUGUUAUAACACAUGGCAAGCUGCAACAUUUUUUCCUCAUGCUUGGUUUCUUCUGCAUUUGCAUUCCUACCUCAAACACACCAAUUGCCUAGGGCUUUCCUCAGAUGACGAGGACGAUGAGGACUCUUCAGCCAUUUUAAGGAUUUCUGAGGUCUCUGGAGACUUCCUACUUGAGGCCAGAAGUGAGAAAGAAGAUAUGAAUUCCACAUUCAGACCUGGGGACUGAGAAGUGACUAAUCUAUGGUGCAAUUUCUUCCUGUGUGGGUUAAGAGAGGUAGGGUAGAAUAUGCAAAACCAGCAUGUGGCUACUGACUGAAAAGGACCUUUUGUAGUCUGAAAGCAUAUAUAGGUUCAGUGCCACUGCAGUCUUUCCCAGAAUAGGACACAUCAUCUGUAGAAGAGAUCAUAUAUUAGAAGGAAGGAGAAUUUGGUUUUGUUUUCACACUGGCACAGGAGAUAAGGAAGCUUUACCAGAUGAGUCUGAUCCCAGAGAUACCAGGGGUGUCUGCCCAGGAAAGAAAUUUCAAGGUCAGGUUGAGCUGACAGCAAUUAUAUUCACAACUAUGUCACCUGCCUGUAUAGUAACAUGAUUUUCGUAACAUUAUUCCUUUCCUUUGUUUCUGUUCACCACAACUAAGGAGAAAUAAAAGAAAGUAUGUUAAAAAAAAAUAGGCCAAAAUUGUAAAAAUAUUUUUGUUGAAAAUUUGUUUCAGGAAUUUACUUCUGCUGAAAGGUUAAAGCUCAAAGUUGGAAGGGACGGAGAGGAAUACCAGGCGUUAUCAGGAAACUGAAUGAUGACAAGGAAACAAUCAGAUUUCUGACAGUGAAAACUACAUUGCUAAGAAGCUAGACCCGCAUGGCAAGAUCAUCUUUGAAUACCAAAAAAAAGUCUCAGAAGCGACAACUGGAAACUGAUGGAAGUUACAGAGAUGAUCAACCAUCACCACCAUCAUCUGAGUACACAGAUACAUUUCAUCAGCUCAUGAAUGGAAAUUUAAGAGACUUUAUACAAAAUAUCUGUGAAAAUGGAAACGUCAUCUUUGCUAUCAUCCUUACAUGAUGAAUGCAGAUCAGACAACUAUAUUGAACCUCAUUACAAAGAAUGGUACCGAGUAGCUAUUGAUGCUCUGAUUGAAGGAGGUUUAGAGUCCUACAAAGAAUUUCUUUCCAAAGAGAGAUGCUCAGAGUUUCUAGCAGAUGAGGAAAUUGAUUAUAUUUUGAACAAUGUUCAGAAACUUCCCCAAAACACAAUUUAUUCCUCUAACCAUGCCAUUGAUGACACCUCUUCCUCGGGAACCUACUGGCCCAUUGAAUCAGAUGUGGAAGCUCCAAAUCUUGACUUAGGUUGGCCCUACCUGAUGCCUGGAAUUUCUGGUGGCACGAAUAUUGAUCUGCUUUUUCAUCCACCACGAGCACAGCCUUACACCAUAAAGGAAACCAUUCGGAAGAUGAUACGAGAUGCAAGAAAGGUCAUUGCCAUUGUUAUGGAUAUGUUUACAGAUGUAGAUAUUUUUAGAGAAAUUGUGGAGGCAUCUGCUAGAGGGAUUGCAGUGUAUCUCCUGCUUGAUGAGUCAAACUUCAGUCACUUUCUGAAAAUGACGGAGAAACAAGGCUGUCAAGUUCAGAGGCUCAGGAACAUGAGGGUGCGGACAGUGAAAGGACAAGAUUACUACUCUAAAACAGGAGCAAAAUUCUAUGGAAAAAUGGAACAAAAAUUUAUUCUUGUUGACUGUAAGAAAGUCAUAUAUGGUUCUUACAGCUUUAUGUGGUCAUUUGAAAAAACCAACCUCAGUAUGGUUCAAGUUAUCACAGGACAGCUGGUUGAAUCCUUUGAUGAAGAGUUCAGGACACUGUAUGCCCGUUCUUCUGUUCCCAAUUCAUUUGCUCCAGAAUUAGUGCGUGUAAACAGUCGCAGGACACUCUGGGAUAACGAUACAUACCAACACUCAGUGUCUUCCUUGGCUUCAGUUUCUAGCCAAAGAAACCUUUUCAGUAGGCAAGACACGGUUCACAAGAUAGAUCCUAUUUGUUGGAAAACUCGUGGAAGAUAUGCAGUAAAUGAAAUAGAUAAAUAUGCCUUGAGAAAUCAAGCCUAUAGUAAACAACCGUUUCAUCCAGGUUUUAAUAUACAAAAUACAAUCCAGCAGUAUCAACCUAGUGAAAAAAAUGAGCACUGGAAGAGACAUAGUUAUGCUGGGGAGAAGCCAGAAAGGACACCUUACCUGUUGCUCAACAGAGCUAUUAAUAGAGCCAACAAUCAAUCAAAUGCUUGGAAGAUGCCAUCUGAUAGCCUUAGUAUUGUUUCUUCGUUACGGGGAGGAUAUACAAAUAACUACAAUACACCCCAGCAAAGUUUUGCUGAUCAGUUUUCACGACCAAAGGUAAAUCUUGCAGAAAGAAAUUCAAUUGUACGGAGGUCUUUUAAUGGGACAGAUAACCAUAUACGCCAUCUGCAGCAAAGGAUGCCAACCCUUGAACACACAACAAAAUCAUUCCUACGUAACUGGCGAAUUAAGUCAUAUUUGAAUGAUCAAUCAGAUUAUCCAGUGGAGUCUAAUGGCUCAGCCUUGGGUGACAGAUAUGAUAGCUAUGACACAGCUGAAAAUAUUAAAGCUCAUGCACUGUAUUCGCAUUCUCGCUUACGUUCAUCAUUGGUGUUUCAGCCAACUUUACCUGAACAGCAGGAAGUAAGCAGCUGUGCAAGUUCUACAAAUUCAACUAUAAUUGGGUCAGAGGGAAGUGCAACACCUAAAGGGACAUCUAAUCAUGCUCCUAGUGUGCAAAAUGGAACAGAUAAUAUUGUAGAAGAGCUUAGCACAAGCGUCCCUCUUAAAUCAGAUGCACCAAAACCCCACAGAAUUCAUAUUGCAGACAACACAAAACCUACUGUAAAUUCAAAUGCAACGGGUGACUCAUCUCUCUACUUGUACACGACACUGUGCACAGACAAACAUGCAGAAAAUCUGAAGAACCUUCAAAAUGAAAAUAUGCUAAAAAGAAGAAGUUUUCCCAUGUUCAAUUCAAAAUCCAUAUUAGACCCUAGUGCCAACAAACAUGCAUCCAAUUACGUUUACAGCACACUGACUAGGCAUAGACUUAAGCAGCCAGUUAGUCCAAAACUUCCAGAAGACACACUGAAGAGCUCUAAAAGUUUACACAGUGUGACCAACCACUUACCACAGGAGGAAAAGAACCUCAAAGGAGAGCUAAAAAGCCCAACUUCUAGCAAGGCAAUCUCUAUGGCUGCUCUCACUGAAGCUGGCAAGGAGGAGUCUAGUAAGGAUUGCACAGCAAAGAAAGAAAGUAAGAAUUCCCCAAGUUUUCUAAAGAAAGGAUCCCAGAAAUUGAGGUCACUUCUUAAUCUCACACCAGACAAGAAGGAAAACUUGUCAAAAAACAGGGGUCCUGCCUUUUACAGAAUGUGUAGUAGUUCUGACACACUGGUUUCUGAAGAAGAGAAUCAAAAACCAAAGAUUUCUGAGAAUAAGACAGAUUCUUCCCCAAGGAGAAAGAGAAAUACAUCAUCAAAUUCUCAAGGUAGCUUGAACAGAAGUAAAGAAGAUGUCACAGGGAGCCCAACAAAGUCUCCAAAGUCACCAAAGUCUCAAAAACCUCCAUCUGAUGAAAGCAAUAAAAAGUGUCCUCUCUUGUGCCCCCUUGAAAGUAAGUUCAUAGAAACUGCAGGAGAUGCCUCUACCCCAAGAUUUAAUACAGAACAGAUUCAGUAUCAAGAUGUAAAGGAAAGCACCACAAACACUACUCCCGAAAGCGCCCCUGUUUCUGCUCUUCAGAGAGCAAGUUCAGUGACACCACAGUUGCCAAGCUCAAAAUGCCAGGAGGAGCUAAGAUCCCGUUUGAGUGAAAGGCGUGUUUAUAGUCGCUUUGAGCCAUUCUGUAAGAUGGAAAAUGCUAGCCAACCUGCAGGAAACGCACCCAACAGCACUUCACAUCUCUCAGAUAUUAAAAGCAAGACCUUAGGGAAUAGUUACGGCAGGAGUAACCACAUGGUCAGCUACAACUCAACUGCUUAUCAUCCACUGCAGCCUAAUGAAAAUAAGCUGAGAGGAUUUAUGCAAAAGUUUGGGAACUUCCUACACAAAAGCAAGUAAAAUUUUUGUUGGUUAUGUUGAAAUACAGCAAGAGUGUCCAAGCUGGAGAUAAUCUUAACUGGACAAGACCGAUGGGCAACUUUUGUAGACCUUUCUUGGGUUUCUUCUGGGAUCUAGGACAUUGGAAUGAAUGUACAUAUUUUUACAUAAUUAUCCUAGAAUUGUUACACUUAAGUCUUUACAGAAAUUCCGUGUCCAGAAGGUGUCUCAAGGGAGUUGUUUAUAGUGUUUAUAUUGUAACAUUAAUUUUAUACAUUUUCCUUGUGAAGAAAGUACAUACUAGUACAUUGUAAGAUUUAAGUGUGGGGAAAACAGUUUUUAAACUUCAAAUACUACUGUUUCCAAAGACUUGCCCUUUAAAAAUAGGAUAGCACUAGGAAUAGUGGCUCGCAUUUUUUUAGCAUUUAGGUACACUUUCAAAUGAUAAACACAAAAUGUUAAUGCAUUGCAUGAUACUUGUCUUUAAACUAAUUUUUUAAAACCUCCUAUAGGCUUCAUAUUGUUAAUAAUUUACCCCAUAGCAGCUAUUGAACUGUUUGGGCAGCAGAUGGAUCUAUCUUACUUUAUUGAAUUUUCCAUGUAAUAUGAUAUUUUUCUGAAGUAUUUGGCACACAUAUCUGAAAGUGACCUUAAUCUGAGCUUUCACAGACUUGUUUACAUGGUUAAACUAGUGUGAAUGUAGAAUGAACAUUGAAAAAGCUAUUUAUAAAAAAGGUGCCUUGAACAUAACUUAGAACUAGUCUAAAUUUCAAUGGGUUAAUUACGUUUGUAUAACAUGCCAGUAUUCUAUAAUGUAUUCUAAAAAUUGCCUUUUGUUACUUUUCUUCUAUUUGGUAUUUUUAAAAAAAAUUGUCUUUGGAAUUCCAUUUCUCAGGUAAGUUUUUGAUUUUCACAUGCAACAGUCUGUUUUAAAUGUUGCCAGAUGUAUUUGCAACUUUGGCUUUAGUAUCCUAUUUUUUAAAUAAGGUUGCAAGUGCUUUGACUAGGUGUACCAGGGAAAUUGCAAGCUCAACCCUGCAAUGCUGCCUUAUGUCAGGACAAAUAUUAUGUGGCUAGGAGCAAUUAGACAUCUAAAAAUGGGAUUUGUAAAGGUCACCACAUCAAACAAUAGGGCACCUCUCCUAAGCCAAAGAAUGUAUCAGAGAAGGGUGAUGGUAGCAAGUGUUCAACCUUAAUGAAGGUAUUUAGGGACCUAACAGCAGUCUAAGGGACACAUUUUUAUUCAUCCGAGCCCCUCAGUCAUAAAAAAUGUCUUGAUAUUAAGUGACUAUACCAGGUUAUUGCUUACAAAAAGCACAGGCAGGGUGAGGUGUUUGGGCAGCAGCAUGGCAUCCACUUCCCAUCUGCAGUGUGCAGCCAGAGCAUCCAGCUGGCUUGUGCCCUCCUGGAUGUGGAGUUUGUCUCUUAGAAGAAUGCCGUAACCAUUUAGCUUCAAGAUGCUCUGUGACAAUUUUGUUCCAAAUUCAGAAAUUUGGGAUAAUUAUUGGCUGAAAGCUUAUAAUCCUUAUACAGGGUCUUCAUGUUUUAGGAGACUACUUUAUUCUUAGAUCCAAAAGGUUCUACAGUGUUCUAUGGAGGGGUCCCACUAUGAAGGUCUUGGCUUGAUUCUUUAGGAAGAAACAUUAAAAAGGCAUUUCAUACACCAGCUAGAUUGAGCUCGCUUGUCUCUUCUACCUGUGGUCCUGGGAAGAGAUUUCAUACAGAAAUCUGCUUCUCACUGAGGAUCUGCUCUGGCUCCUGUGAAGUCCCCGCAGUUAGUGUCAGUGGUUUCAUUGAAGCAGUGCCAGGUUUUUAUUCCAACUGUUUCUCAGGCAGCCCUAUUAGGCUGAUGCAUCAUAGCAAUAACUGUUUCACUGUGGGGAUGGUACUUAUUUAUGAGCGUGAUGAAGUUUGCAUCUCAGUCCUCUGCUGAAAGUGUAGGUCUCCCCCUUACCUAUAACCACAGAAAAGAUUUUAUGAAUUUCUUGAUGAAUACUGGUGACUUUGUUCACUCCAUGCUGAAAUGCCAUAGUUGGUGUUUUUGCCAAAUUAACAUGUAUACUAAAAUAGCAUGUCCUGACAGAGGCAGCAUGUUCAGGCCCAAGGUAAGCAGGGUCUUCCUAGUGCUCUAAGUGUAUUUUCAGUAGAGGCACAACAUACCUCCCCAGGUACGCCGCCAACAGCAAUGCAAUACUGUGCUUUUUAUAACUUAGUAUUUUUCAGCAGGGUAGACAGUUAUCCAGGAUAGUGCCUGAAUUAACACUGCAGCAAAGGAACUUAAGAUGCACGUGGUGCUAAAAAUGUUGAGGGUAGGUUUUAGGAGGAUCUUUUUCCCUCCUACCCUUAUGAGCUCUGACAUAUGCUUGUAGGAGGUACUAUAUCUGGGAAGGAACUUAGAGAGGGAGAACAAGGGUCUUGGGGCAAGUUUUGAAGUGACAGUGCUUUCUAUUUUGUAGUAAACUUCAGGAAAUCUAUUUUGAUACAGUUUGGAAAUAUUUUACCAUAUUUUUCAAAGUAGAUUGCUAAUUAGAGUCCUGAGAAGGCAGAUAUUUUAAUUUACCAAGUCAUCUAUGUUUAUAGAUAUAUACUGCUAUUUUGUACCUAUGUAGAAAAUUAAGAGCCUUCUGUGAAGAGCCUGCUCGUACACUUAAUAAUGCAAAAAAGAUAAUCACAGUAGAACUAGCUUUUUUUCAUUUUCAGAUCUCUCCUCAGAGAUCCCACAUAGGCAUGCUGCUACAUUAAAGCCUGAUCUGAGGUUAAUUGAAAUGAAUGCAAAAGGACACCACAGACCUCAGUGGAAGUAGGAUCAGACAUUUAAUGUACUGCCACCACUAUUUUAGAAAUGCUACAAGAUCCAGUGCUGCUUGGGGAGCACGAGGCUCUGACACCAGGGGAAAGGCAGCCCGAUGCCCUGCCUGCAGCUGCGGCUUUGAAGGUGGGGAAGCACACUGGGGAGCUCCACAGGUGGUGCAAGGACCAACUGUUAGUUUGUUCCCUCCAGAACUGUGCAUUAAAGGUGGGAAAACAGUGCUCACCCAGUCCGGUCAGAUUUGCCUGAUGUCUCUGCGGGAACCCAGCUGUUCACAAAAUAGGAAGGAAAAGUAGUUUCUUUGCAUGAGAAAAGAAGAAGGAUUUGCACAUUUCUGGAGGGAAAGAAAAAUAUGGUUUAUAUUUUUAAACUUCCUUUUCCCAAAGCUCGUCUUGAUGUUUCUGCUUUUCCAAGGACAUGCAUUUCAUUCAAUGUGUCCUAAGUGUGCUGUGCACAUUGCAAGUUUGUUACACCCUGCACACACCUAAUGCACUCCCAGUUUUGUAAGGCUGUGAAGUAAUAGCUGUUGCCGUGCAUGACGGUCCUUUGGCCAAAUGGCUUGGGAAUUGUGAAACCCAUAAAAAACAACGUGUCAUUUCCACAUUAAAUAAAACACCAUUAGCACCAUAAUAGAUCUAGGAGUGCGAAAGCCGAUCAGUUAUGCAAUGCCGAGUGGGGCUCAGGAGCAGUGCAGCCGGGAGAUACAGGCUGCUCAUAUGGUGCCCAUUCCAUUCACAUCAUAAACAAACCACCCCUACAUAUGGUUGUAAAGCCCAGUGAAUAAGUUGCUUCAUUUCUUCGGCCUUAUAAUAAACAGUUUUUACUGCCUCUCAGAUUGCAAAAUGUUGGUUGUUCUCAUAUUAAUGAGUUGCACUGCACUAUUUGUUCAUGCUAACAAACAUGAACUAGAUGUAAUGAAAGGUUAUAAUCAGAAAAAUCAAAUUUCCAGCUGUCUAAAUAUCUGAGAGUAGUAGUAUUUGUAACAAACCUUGAGAGAAACAAAAUGCUUAUCAGGCAAUAUAUGUUUGUGCAUUGAGAGGUGAAAAAUUACUGUUCAGAGAGAAAACAGUUUAAUUAUUUUUCAGCUUUCUGAAAUGUAUUAGGAAAUGUCAAUUAUAAAAGAAGUAAU